AUGCUCCAAAUUCACGCUGCUCAACCGCUCUCCCACCACCAGCGCCACCGCGUUCUCGCCGCCAGCUGCCCUCCUCCUCCGACCUCCUCCACUCCCAGAAAAAACCCCUCGAUUAAGUCCCUCUGUAGGAAGGGUCGAAUCAAAGAAGCCAUUCGCCAGCUAAAACACGAGCAUAACCCGACUCAGCACACGUACGAGCUUCUCAUACAAUCAUGCGCCCGCAAAAACUCCAUAGCCGACGCAGUUUCGGUUCACGAAAGCCUCACAGAAAACGGGAAAGAUCAGGACCCUUUCCUCGCCACGAAGCUGAUCGACAUGUAUUCAGAGCUGAACUCCAUCCAACACGCCCGCAAAGUGUUCGACGAAAUUCCCCACAAAACCAUAUACGUCUGGAACGCGAUUUGUCGUGCUUUAUCCGUAGCAGGCCAUGGGCAAGAGGUUCUGGACCUGUACAGGAAAAUGAAUCAAAUUGGGAUGCCUAACGAUAGAUUCACUUACACGUAUGCACUUAAAGCAUGUGUCGUGUGCGAGUCUGAACUUUCUUCUCUUACCCUUGUAAAGGAGAUCCACGCCCAUAUUCUAAGACAUGGUUACGAACCCAAUGUCCAUAUAACGACGACACUCGUCGAUACAUACGCAAAAUUCGGCUUAGUGGAUAAAGCACUCCUUGUCUUCUCACCCAUGCCAGUCAAGAAUCUAGUCUCUUGGACAGCCAUCAUCACCUGCUUUGCAAAAAACGGGAAACCUUCCGAGGCAUUGAAUUUUUUUCGUGAAAUGUUGCUGGCGAACGAUGCUGAUGCUGUGUUGCCCAACUCAGUCACCAUGGUUAGUGUGCUCCAAGCUUGCACUUCGAUUUGUGCAUUGGAACAGGGGAAGUUGAUACACGCGUACGUGCUAAGAAGGGGCCUCGAAUCGAUUUUACCCGUCAUGAAUGCCCUCAUAACGAUGUACGCCAAAUGUGGCGAGCUCGAAUCGAGCGAAACCAUUUUCGACCGAAUGGAGAAAAAAGACGUCGUUUCUUGGAAUUCAAUGAUCUCUUGCUACGCUAUUCACGGCUCCGGAAAAGAUGCUCUCUCCGUUUUCCGUGACAUGGUGGGGUCGGGUUUUUCCCCGAGCCUCGUCACGUUCGUUAGCCUCUUGACUGCCUGCAGCCACGCGGGACUCGUGGACGAGGGUAAAGAUAUAUUCAAUUCAAUGGUUAAAAAAUACGGGAUUUGUCCGGUUGAGGAGCAUUACGCAUGCAUGGUCGAUCUUCUCGGCCGAGCUAACCUUUUAGAUGAGGCGGCCGAGUUCAUUGCUGACAUGGAUGAUGAAAAGCCCGGCCCGAAAAUAUGGGGGGCCCUCCUUGGGGCAUGCAGGAUUCAUUGUAACUUUGUGCUUGCGGAGAGAGCAUGCGAGAAGCUUUUCGAGAUGGAGCCGGAAAACGCGGGAAAUUACGUCCUUCUCGCGGAUAUUUACGCGGAGGCGAAAAUGUGGGAGGAUGUGAAGCGUGUGAAGAAGCUUCUAGAAGCUCGGGGGUUUGAGAAGGUUCCGGGGUGUAGCUGGAUUGAGGUGGGAAAGAGGGUGUAUGUGAUUAGGUCGGUGGACGAGUUGAAUCCUCAGAUUGAGUUAAUGCACGAUUUGUUGGUGAAGCUGUCGAGGGAAAUGAUUGAGAAGGACGGGUAUGAUGUCGACUGUGAGGAGAAGCAGGGUUUAGUGCUGGGGCAUAGUGAGAAAUUGGCGGUUGCGUUUGGGCUGAUUAAUUGUGAUAAAGGUGGGAGGAUUAGGAUAACCAAGAACUUGAGGUUGUGUGAAGAUUGCCACUCGUUCACUAAGUUUGUGUCGAGGUUUGAGGGUAGGGAGAUUUUGGUCCGGGAUGUGAACAGGGUUCAUCGGUUUAGGGAUGGAGAGUGCUCCUGUGGGGAUUAUUGGUGA